ACCACUGCCCAGUGGGAGGAAUACAAAGAGCUCGCCCAGAAAUGCAUGGAACAAAACAGCAUCCAAGAGGACGAAUUUGAAGCCAUUCCCAAAUAUGACGAUUUCGAUCCCAAUACCAUGGAUGAACGUUUCAAAUGUUUUACCCAUUGUGUUAUGGAGGAUAUGGGCCUUUUGGAUGAAAUGGGAAAACUGGAUUUGACCAAGUUGGAAGAAGAUGAACGUGUCACCCAAGAGCAUAUGGAUGCUGCCAUCAAAUGUAAGGCAGAAAACGAAUUUAUCGAUGAGCCAUGUGAAUAUAGUUUCAAAAUGAUGACUUGUGGAUUGGAUGCAAUGAUGUAA